AUGGGACAGUGCGGCAGCAGCCCACAACUCAGCAGCCCAGCGCAGAGCUUCUACGACCUUCGAGAGCUCGACAUUGACAAGCAUGACAUCGAUUUUGCCCAAUUUAAGGGACAGGACUUUGCACUCCUCAUGGAAGAGUAUGGAUCGCGGGGGUUCACCAUCAUAGCGCUCCCCACCAACCAAUUCAUGCCGGGCCACCGCCUGGAGCCGGGGACACCCGAGGCGAUCAAGGCCUUCAUGCGCAGCCGCAACUUCCGGGGCGUGGUGACGGACAAGGUGGCUGUGAAUGGGCGGGGCUCCAGCCCAGUCAUUAAUUUCCUCAAGGUCGCCUCCGGCAACACGGAUCCCAUCCCCUGGCCGUACACCAAAUGGCUCGUGGGUCGGGAUGGCCGCGUGUACGGGCCAUACAUGCCGCGCUCCCGCCCCGCACGCCAGGAGGCCAGCAUCGUGCAGCUGCUGGAGGAGGGGGAGGCCAAGGCCGCCGUCUCUGCAGCCGAGGGUGUGGGGGUGGCGCCAGGGGAGCACGACACCAUGCUGGGAACCUGGAUGGCCGCCGGCAAGAUGAAGAUGCACCGCCACAGGCCAGAGGAUGAUGUGCUGCCCUCCCAGGUGCACAAGCUGCACCAGCCCGGCGACGGCACAGUCGCCGCACCGCCGCCUGCGCAGCAUCUUCCGGUGCAGGCCAAGGUGGGAUCAGAGCCCGCAGACACCCCCGCAGGCUGCUAG